UUUUAAAGAGGUGUUUGUGAUUUUAACAGUUUUUAGUGUUAUUUAAGUGUUUUAAUUAUUACAGUUUCCAAAAUUAAUGCAGAUAAAUAUAUAGCGAUUAACAAUCCGUGCCAAACAAAUUGAUGCGGAAGUACUAGUAUUUGUUUUUCUUAAAAUUAACCUAGCCGGCAAAAAAAUGGAUAUAGAGCCCCACAAUUUUUUUCAAAUUUUAAAAGAACAUGCAUCUGAUCCUUUUAAGGGUCCAUCGGAAUGUGAGAGACUUUUGUCGAUUUUGAAUUACAAUUUAACAGAAGAGCAAAUGAAUGCGUCGCUUUUAGAUUUGUAUUUAGUAAAUAUGUUUAGUGAAGAUCACGGCAUUUUUUCCUUUAUUCAAGAUGUUGGUACAGGCUGUAAUUUUAAUAAACAGAUUAUUAAGUGUUUGGAAAUUAUUUAUGCCUUGAUCAACAAUUUUCCUAGCAAAAUUGAAAAAUAUGUUUUAGGAAUUAAUAAAAGUUGUGUAAAAAUUCUUCUAUCUAAAGCAUCAGCUCAAGUUAAAGCCAAAGCUGCAGACGUGUUGCUUAUAGGUUUUGAAAAAAUUGAUAAAUGCUUAGAAAACCAAGAAGAAUAUUUAAAGAUGUUUAAUGCUUUAAGUAAUCUGCCUCAAGAUCAUGCAGAUAUAGUUAAAGAAAAAGAGUAUAUUCUAAAGGGCAUGUUUGCUAAGAGAUUUAGUUAUUUAGUACAUAAUCCAAGAAACUUAAAAUAUGCAUUUAUAAACAAGCUCGAUAGUGUAAUGUCGAAACAACCGUCACAGGGUCUACUAACAGGCUUAUUUGUCGGGCUUGAACAUUAUUGUGAAGGUUUUCCUAUUCAACCAGAAAAUCCCGAAGAUAAAAAAAUUAUAAAAAGUCUGUAUGAGUACAUAAGAUCGCUGUCAAGUCCAAAAUGUGACAGAAGAACUGCAAACAGGGCUGCUCUUCAUUUCUUUGGCAAACAUAUGGAUUUGUUUGUAAGUCUGGUCGUAAAAGAAUUCAAGUCAUGGCAUAAGAGACUGUACAAAGACUGGCUAAAUAUGGGCAAAGAAGAACAGAGAGUUGCGGAGUUUGUUUUAAAAAAAUUCUUUGACAGUUUGGCGCAACACAUAGUUUUUAUGGAUGAAACUGAGAGUUUGUCUAUAUUAAAGCAUUUUAUUGGCUGGGCUAAACAUCUGAUAAGGUUGCCAGAACCGUCUGGAAUAGAUAAAAGACUGACCACACAAGUUCUAAAGUAUUUUUGUGAACCUAUGUAUCAACUAUACGCUAGUGAAGAGGCCAGGCAGAUUUUUGUAAUGGUGAUGCAGAAUUUCGAAAAAAAUUACAUUUUUAACGAAAAUGUCAGUAGAGAAGAUUUAAAUAUAUUACCAGAUUACAUCCAAUGUCUGUCUAGUUUUGUAAGGUUUCAAACAUUCACAACAACUGAAUUUCACUGUCUAGAAAGAGCUGUCAUAAACAUGAUAAAAAGCUUUCAUGAGUUACAACCUUUGUAUCAUUUCGUUGUUAUAGAAUCUGUAGUGAAUAGUUUGUUUUACUUGAGAAAAACUAAAUUGUUUGACACUUUUCUGGAGAACAUUAUUUAUCAAGGAGUUAUAUGGUCUUGCUGUCAUCAUCAUGUAGCGGACUAUGAACUGUCAACAAGUACAGAAAAAGUAAUAACAGUAAAGAGUUAUUUCCCGUUUUGGCGUGGACUACUGAAGGUAUACUCCAGCUCACUCACAAUUGACCUGAACAUAAAAAGGCAUAUACAAAUCAAAAUUGUGAAUGAAUUGAUUAAAACCAUGAUGCUGUUGGUGAAUAAACUCAAUGUGAACAUGAAACUAAAGGAAGACACUAUUCAGACACAAAUAGAAAGUGCCUACAAUGUGGAACAGGAAAACGAUUUUGCCAUUUUCUUAAAUGUGACUGACUUGUAUCAAGAAAUUUUCGAUCAUACCGAUCCUCAGAUGUUUAAUAAGUGUAUUUUUAAAUUAAUUAAUCAUUUGGUGGGAAAGUGUUUACAGCAUUCGCUGAUCAGUGGAUUCUACAAGUUACUAGCUUUGAUGUUGAAGAUAGCUAACAACGUUGAUUUGUUAAAUAAUAUUGAAAAUCAAGAUGCGGAAAUAUGUAGAGAGACUCUUUCAAGGUUUAUAUCGGUGUUGUUGCAUAAAAUGAAACAAUUCAAGGAUGAUCUUCUGAUUUCCUGCUUGCAAGUGCUCUUGGAAUGUCCUGUCGUGGUUGUGGAACCCUUACUAUCCGAAUGUGUUGGUGUUUUUAUUACUGUGUUAGAGGUUGGUAGAAGUUACAUACUUUUAGCCAAUAUGGGUUUAAAUGCUUUGGAACGAUGGCAAAAAGUUAUGGACAAAGAUGAAUUCGAAGCAUUUUUAAUACAAAUUGUGCCUCAUUUAGAUAGCUUUUUAAGAAGCAAAUCUUUAGGUGGAUUAAGUCAGAUUGAAAAUAAAGAGAAAAAACGCAAAACAGCUCAGGCUUUACAAAAGCGUCGCGUUUUGUUGGAACUUGAACCAGAACUACUGAAGUUUCAAAGGAGAGUUCUCAAUUUUAUAGGAAGCCAGAAUAGCAAAAUUUGUCGAGCGUUUGUAUCACCGGAUAAUAACAUUGAAAGAAAAGUCACCAGUGAAAAAAUGCACUUAAAAGUGUCGUUGCCUUACCGGGAUCAGACUAUAGACAUUUAUUUGGAACCUUUUGUCAUGAGAGUACUUGAAUUGUCAUUGUACUGCAGCGAUAGAAAGACCAGGAUUAUGGCUUGCGAACUUUUGCAAAGUUUUAUAAUGGUGUUCUUAGGCAGAACCAAACCAAUGAACGAUGCGGCACUGUCAGACUUGGAGGAUCUCUGGAGAAGCUUGUGCAUGCCCUUAUUGCAACUGUCGUGCGAUGUGGACCAAGUUGUCAGUCAAAUAUUUGAACCUCUUUUCAUGCAACUCAUCCACUGGUAUACCUCGAAACAACAGAGGGAAACCAGACAUUCGGCUGUCAUAAUUGACGUAAUUAUGGAAGGGAUCACGCACCCAACCAAUAGUGCACUUCGCGAUUUUUCUGGGCGGUGCCUCAACGAAUUUAUUAGGUGGACCAUAAAGCAUACCAGCGAGAGAGAGAUGGAAAAUAAUCCGUUAUACGUCAAAAUUGUCGUUAAAAGAAUGGCUUUUUUCAGUACCCAUCCUGACUUGGUUAAGAAAUUAGGCGCCGCGAUCAUGUUCAACAACAUAUACAGAGAGAUCAGAGAGGAAAGAUCGCUGAUUUCAAUUUUUUCCAUUGAGUUGCUCUAUAUUUUCGUGUCCAGUUUGUCUCUGAUAGAGUCUGUCAGUGAAGAGGUCGAACCUGCUGUUUUUCAAAUUAAAAGCGCCAUUCUUCAUUUAAAACGAAUUUUUAUUCAAAAAUCCCGGAUUUUUUGUGGUACUUGUCCCGAUAUAAGAAGAGUUCCUUCUGACAUACAAAACGGUGAUUUAGUAGGUGUGUGUCAGUGGUUGUUCAAGAUGACAGCUAGCAAAAGUCAUUAUUGCCGUGAAAUUUCAAUGGAACUAUUUACGCAUUUCGUACCACUGUGCAGCACCGAUCAACACUCUGCUGAUUUUGUUCAGGAACACUUCCCAAACGCCGUAACACUAUAUGAACAACACUUGACAAAGUAUCCGACAUUGCAUAACAUAAAUGUCGGCGAAGAUAGCACAGUUCUUCUAAAAUGGUUGCAGGGAUAUUGGUGCUUACUAGACGGCUAUACUUUCCUUAUAAAAAAUUCUCUAUAUUCAGUUAGUUUAGAGGAUGACAAAAAUGUUUUCUUCAGCGCUACAAAAUUCUUUUUGAAUCAUAUUAUGAUUAAUUCAAUUGAUAAAGUAUUGGAAAUCGUUUAUAAGAAGCACGAGACAACACCCUAUUACACCAUCGAGAAUAAGCAACACUUUUUGUCUCUAAAAUACGCUUGUUCUUUGACAAUUUUAAAAUUAGCAAGAGCCAUAGCUGACGAUACCGACUUAACCAGCAAAAGCGAAAAUUUUUGGAUCAACAGUUUCUGGAAUUUGAUCUUAAACUUCCUUUUUAAUCCUCUCAAGUUGGGUUUUGAAGAUAACGGUAUAGGAUUGAAUUAUUCCGAGGAUUUGAAUAUUCUCUUGAAUAGUAUAUCUAGGAAAUUGGCUAACAAGAAAGUCAAAGACUUGGUUGAAGUUUUAAAGGAUUAUGUUAGCGAAAAUUUCAGUUCCGAGAUUGAUAUCAACAGAAAUAUUUCUCGGAUGCAAAGGGGUAUUGUAACAGGUUUAUUAAUGAUUAAAGAAAGUCAAAUCAAUAACUAUUUUAACAGCGAAGCUUUUUCCGAAGGUAUUGUUGACAAAUUAAUGAAAAACUUUUAUGACAGGAGGGAAAAUAAUGUGAUUUUCAUUGGAAAAUUAAGCGAUACCGCUCUGGAAUUUUGCUCACUAUUACUAGAUUUUGCUCUGAGCAACAACGGAGAGUUUAAAGCUUUCUUAAAACACAUAUUUCAAGGAUAUACAGUCAGUUAUACCGAUCUAGAAUCGGAGGCUGAAGAAGGACAAAUAUUUGGAAUAUAUCUCCUGCAGAAAUUUCAGGAUGUCGUUGUUAAAUACAUUUUUCAAAAUUUCGCUUUGUUUCUGGAGAAUUACGAAAACUUCGAAUACGUGGUUCGUAUAACGACGUUUUUGAUAUCCAGUUUAAAGAAAUCCAGAAUUGGUUAUGAAAGAGUGAUCAAUGAUGUCUUCAGCCUGAUUUUGGAUAAAUGGAUUUUUUUCCAGAUAUAUUUUGAAGAGAACAGCAUCGAUGCCGGACUGGAUUUUGUUAAAACUUUGUAUGAUGUUUUCGGAACAAAGCUCAAAGGGGAUAGUGACGUAAUAAAAUGGACUCUCAAUUUGGUUGGUAGAGAUCAAGAGGUACUUAGUCAAUUUAAUAAGCUAAGUUUAUACUUGAAUAUAUUUUAUAUUGUCGCCGAGGUGAAUGCAGAUGUUGAAAAAACAAGAAACCUUUUAGUACAGAUAUCAGCAGCCGCUGAAGAAUCCCAAUUCGAUAAUAGUCUCUUAGCCGAAAAAAUGAUGUCUGUACUUCCCCGCACAAGAAACGUCACCAUUUAUAAAUCCCUGAUCGAACUACACGGUACUCGCACCUCAGAUCUAACGACUCUACUUAAAACUUUCAUGUCCAACAACAGCGAAGACUCCCAGGAGACCAUACUACAAAGCACUCUCGAACUUGUGACAAACCAAACAGAUUUCGACAAGAAAAAACAACUUUUGGAGAACAUUUUCGUUCCAGUUUUACGGUAUUGUACCUACAAUGCGUUCAAAUCGUUCUUAAAAGACAAUAUCGUUAGGGUUUUGGACGAUCUGAAUGAUAAUAAGGACUAUGGUAAAGGAAUAGUAGGAUUUGCUUUAUUGGAGCUGUUCUUUUUGAAGAUAAAUAUGGAUAGCGAAGAGAGUAACGAAGAAGCUCUGGGAAUCACACAGCUUAUUAGAAAUCUCUUGAAAAUUGCUUUGGAAGCGUUUAAAAUUGUCGACGAAGCUGCUGAUCAAGAACAACUAAGACUCUACAAAUGCAGUGCUUACAAAGCUCUCACUUCAAUCGUCUCCAACUACAUGAAAAAGGGAGCUUUCUAUGAAAAGUUGUUUGUCAGGCAGGAGAAAGACCAUGACAUAUUAUGGUGUUCUGUCAUUAAUUGCGACAUAGAGUAUAAUUUUACCGUCGAUUUUGACAGUUAUCCGGAAAAAAGGAAGGUGUUAGUGAGUAUAAGGGACGAAUUGAGGCAGCAGAGCAAUAGAAGUAAUUCUUUAAAGUAUAUUGAAUCUCAAAGAUUGUUUAAUAGUUCUUUGAGUGAGGACAUAACUAAACACGAUUUUUCGACGUCGGUUUUACGGUCAAAUGCAAAUGACAGUUUAGAAGAUCCAAAUGCUUCAAACCAACUGAUUCAGGGUGAACUAUACCUAGAAUCUACCGAAAUUAACAACCACGAACUUAUGGGCACUGUUUGCGGAUUAAUCAAAAAUAUUUUUAACACCGGUGUGAAUCGUUUACCUGAAGACAAGGAAGAUUUUGUUGAAUUUCCGAAGUGGAUGGAAGGUAUAAGGAACUUACUUUUGCACCCGUCAACUCCCAAAAACGUCAAACUAUUCUGGAUAAAAGUGAUAGAUAACACACACUACAUAUUUAGACACUUUGCCAAAUAUUUUAUGGAACCUCUAAUGCAGUUUUUAGUAGAUAAGGUAGCAGGCGACGAAAUAAACUACUUUGUGUCAGAUGUGGUUAUUCUACUGGCCUAUUGGUCUUCAGAUGUUACUCUGAGUGACACAGAAUCUGAAUUAGCCACGAAAGUUUUAGAAUUUCUCGUGGAAAAACUAACAAACGAAAGACAAGACGCAUUUAAGUAUAAUUUAGAUCUGAUCAAGUUACUGGUGGAGAACUGGAAGGGUUCAUUUGAACUACCGUUCGAUGCUCUAUCGAAAAAGCUGGACUUUGACGAUAGAAGAGUUGAAGUUGGACUACAUUUAAUCUCUAUAUUUCUGGUCAACAAUUAUCUGCCGUUUAAGCUUUCGGAUUUGAAGAUAUUUUGGGGAAAACUUUUAAAUAUCUUAUCAAAAACGUUUGCUAGCACGUUCAAGCCUUGUGCUGAAGUUUUAGGAUUAAUACUAAAGUAUCUAGAUGCUCACGGCGAAGACGUGACGUCUUUGUGCACUAGGCUUAGUAAAAGAAUAUUUGCCUAUGAAGAUAACAACAAAUACGUUGGAUGUCUUGAAUGCAUAGCUAUCCAUUAUCCCAAUGUGGUGAACGUUGAUCACUUGAUCAAAAUGUUCAACCAAAUAUCACACUCCAAUCCGCAGCUUCAAGCGGGAUUUCUUCGAGUGAUUCACAAAAGAGCCGAUCAGCUCGGUGAAUAUUCCGAUUUCAAAUCGGAAGAUUGGCCGAGAUAUUUGGAAAGUCAAAAUCCCGAAGUGCUCCUGUUGAGUUUGGAGAUUUUGUUGAAAACCUUUCAUUUGCUGAAAGGGGAAAUUAAGAUUUUGAAAAAGAUUAUGAAGUGUGUUAGUAAGAAUCUACUGAAUCCCGACGUUAUACCGCGGGUUAGAAUGUACGAUAUUAUGAUCGCGGUUUACAGCAAUGUGGACGAUGAAGACAUAAACGAAUUAUGCAGAGAGACUCUUUUGCAAGGUUUGUCCGACCCUGAUAUUCAAGUUAGGGAAAAAAUAAGGACUUACUGGUGUGAACAGUUCUCUGAUUCAAACAAAAUUACUGAGAAGUUUCUUCAGUUGGUAUCGAAGUUUUAUAUACCCAAAGCGGAAGAAUAUUUUCUAGGUAAUGUUAGUUACCUCUUAUUGAACUCUCUCAAUGAAGAAGGCUACGAGAGCGAGCUUUUCGACAAUCCUUUGCAAGAUUGCGAUUUUGAAGAAUACAAGUUACAAACCAACUGGAGGUUGCAACACAAAUCAGUCGUACCUUUGUUCGCGCAGACUUUGAAAAGUUACUCAGAAGAUGCAAACGAGCCAACAGCUUCCAACUUUGGUCAGCUUAGAGCCACUCAAGCUGACCUAAGUUUUGCUCCGACACAACAAGUAGUUUGGGAUAAUUAUAUCUCUAAUGUUACUAGUUUGACUAGUAGUCUUGGUGAAAAUAAUGAUCGGGCGUUCUUAAAUCCAAACGCCGUUAAGCUCUCUGAUAAAUACAAGUUACCCAAACGAAGAUUUAUCAGAGAUAAGUCUAAGAUAUCAACCGAUUUUGCUAACAGAGCUGUCAAAGAGCAGAUCCGAAAGACUAUAAAAAGAACGGAAUCUGUCAAAGAACGUGAAAGCAGGGUGACCAUUUAUAGAAGUUAUAGAAAAGGAGAUUUGCCUGAUAUACAAAUUACUUUGGGCUCCAUGAUUAAACCAUUGCAGAUGCUAAUUCUACAUGAUGGAGAACUUUCAAAACAAUUUUUCUUGGUUAUGUUUAAAGUUUUAAUGGAAAAAGUUGAAGGAAACAACCGAGAUUUCGUUGACACUUUAUUCAACAAGAUCAAAUACAUUUUCGAUAAUUCCACCCAGCUCAACGCUAAUCUCUUCGCGACUCUCUUGGACAUAUCCUUGAUGAGCAAAGAUAAAUUUAGACUCGAUCCUAAUUCCAUUUCCACCGUAUGUCAGCAAAGCGGAUUAAUAUCCAUGGGAACCCUGCUCUUGGAAGAGUACCUCAUGGAUUUGGAUGACUGCCCUUCCACAUCGAAGAGAGGAGUUAUGGUGCAAGAUCCAGAAACUGUGCACUGGAUUAAACUGGCUGAAUUGUACAAAGAACUACAAGAAUGGGAUUUGAUUAAAACUAUAUUUAUAGAAAAAACUAAUUGUAAAGAAGAAGUUCAGAAGGCUUUGCUGUUGGAAUCGGAGAAAAAAUGGCGGAACGCUCAGGAAAGUUAUUCAAAAUUAUUACAGACCGAUCCUUCCCCAGAUAGACAAGAUUUCUAUUUCGAGUCUUGCUUUAAAUGUCUAGCUCAUUUAGGAGAAUGGGACAAGUUCUCGAGAGAAAUCCAAUCAGUGAUUCCUGAAGGAAACCAGGAUACGUGGGACGUAUUGUGGGGUAGAGAUUGGUACCAGCAAAAGGUACUUCCCUGGUACAUAACCUCACAAAUUAAAACCGCACUAUAUACUGAAACAUCUUCCACAGAAUUUCUUACCAACAUUAAUAAAUCACUCGCGAAUCCUGAACAAUCCGACUAUUUGAAAUCGAAAUUUGCCGAGGAACUUUGUAUUCUGUGGAUUAAACAGAAAGAUACAGAUCAAGCUAUUCAGUAUCAGAAGAGCGGCCUGAAUAAUUUUCUAAACGAUUGGCAACUGCUCAAUCCAAUGUUUGGCACAUUAAGGUACAACAAAAUAUUAGAUUUGCGAUCCUUGGUAGAAAUUGGCCGAUUCUUAGACGUCGAGUCGAAACUUGCUGACGAAAAUGGCGAAGAGAACUUAAACAGUCUAAUAAACUACUGGAGAUCGACGCAAGGAGAAUAUCUCCCAUCCAUAAUUCUGAGCGAGGCGAAAUUGUUAUAUCGCAGAUUGUUUAUCGAAUUUCUAUCGAACAGUGUUGCUAGACUUCAGAGUGAGGAAGCAGAGCAAAGUCUGAAAGAAACGAAAAUCUUCUUAGACGUGGCCUUUAUGAAUGUGGCUAUUGAAGAGGAGAACUAUUAUAUGACAAGGAAAUACGCCAGGUUAUACACCCCAGACGAUAGCCCCGAUCUGAAAAUGAUCUACGGUAACUUAUUUUAUUUGUACACAAAUCUAAUAAGAAACAACCCUAAUUUAAAAGUAGAAAAACUACUGGAAGCUUUAAAACUAUUUAAAUGUAUUCAGACAGACGAGAAUUCGGAACGCACAGUGGCCUCAACGGUCAAAUUCUUCGAUAUCAGUCAAAAACUAUCUGAAACGUUAAGAGAAAGUCCUGAUAUUUAUCCCGAAGUUAAAGACAGCUUAUCUGAAGUAUUCGUUAGACAAGAUUUGUCUCCUUUAGAAACCGCUUUGGACCAGUUAAAGACGCUUACCUUGGAUGAAAAACGCAAAUGGAAUAAUACUGAGUUAGAACAAGUGAGAAAAGCUUUGGUGAAACUCGCGUAUUUUGUCCAAAACAAAGACGAUCAGGAGUAUGAUUUCGCUCUGUACGUUUUGAGGGCUAUGAGGUUAGGUUCAAAGGAAGCUCGUCAGCUUUUCCCUUGUAUUCUAUUAAAAGAUUCCCUAGCUGAUAAUCUAUCUGAUGUUUUUAUCAAAGAGACCAAACAAAUACCUACUUGGAUGUUUUUGGGAUGGAUUCCUCAACUUCUAGCUAACGUCGAUUCUGAUAAAGUCACGGCUAUCUCGGAUCUAGUUCUGAGAAUAGCAGAGACUUACCCUCAAGCCAUAAUGUAUUCUUAUCGACUUAGCAAAGAAAAUUAUACGAAUACAGAUAAUCUGUUAAAAAAACAAGUCACGCAGCUUAUCAACCGGUUAAACGAUGUCUUGUUAAAUAACCCGGUUAUUGACAAGUUUUUGACAGCUUUGUCCAAAGUAAGUGUUCCUUUUUUGGUGUAUAAUUAUUAUUUAAAAAAGAUGAAGUUAUGUACGAAUAUAGAGAGCAUCAUUAAUAUUAGAGACGACUUAUUAAAAUAUAAACUUUCGUCUGAAGCCAAUUCUAAAGACUCUGAUUAUAUGCAAGGAAGUAUGUAUAAGAAAAAUGCCAAAGUAUUUAUAGACGCUCUUCAGAAAAUUAAUGAGAGACAAACUCUUAAGCAAGCUAAAGAAAUAUUGCAAAAAAUAUCAUUCGACGGUCAAGGAAAAGUGUCAUUACUCUUGAAGGACUAUUGUCCGUGGUUGGCGAAUUUCUCGGCAGCCCGAAUGAAUCUCGAACUGGAAAUUCCAGGACAGUACACUGGUGACAAGAUGCCAUUAGUACAACAUCACAUAAAAAUAGCCGGUUUUCGCGAGACAGUAGCAGUAAUGAGCUCGAAAACCAAACCUAUUAAGAUUACGAUGCUGGGGAUGAACAGCAAAGAGUACCCGUUUUUAGUAAAAGCUGGCGAAGAUAUCAGACAAGAUCAGCGAAUAGAACAGUUAUUUGUCUUAAUGAACAAUAUUUUUGCUACCGCAAAUAAGACUCAUCAGCUAUUAACAUACCAAGUAAUACCAUUGACCUCAAGUUUGGGCAUAAUCCAGUGGGUGGAGAACAUAAUUUCUAUAGAGGGUUUCAUAAAAAAAUCGCUGAACAAUAAAAAACGGACGGAUAGUUGGAAGACUAGCGCCAAUUCCUAUGUGCAUUUUUUUGAGAGGAAACCAAGCGACAUUGACGUGUAUGGUGCCACGGCCUUAAAACGUACCAAAGACGACGUAGUUAAGUUUUACCAACGAAUGGUUAAUCAGAUUCCCUUGGAUAUUUUAAGAUCUUCGAUAUGGUCGUUGUGUUUGACCAGCGAGAACUACAUAGCUUUUCGCAACAAUUUCAUCAAAAGUUACGCGGUUAUGAGCGCUUGCAACUGGAUACUGGGCAUCGGAGAUCGGCAUUUAGAGAACGUCCACAUCAACAUGAAGAACGGUAUGGUACUGGGAAUAGACUUUGGCCUCGCCUUCGGUACCGCUACCCAAAUUCUACCUGCGCCGGAACUGGUACCCUUCAGGUAGGUUUUUCGGGGAAUAAUUAACAUGGGUUUAAAACGGAUUGGCCCAUAAA